UCAAGAAGAAUGAAAGGGCUAACUGUUUCUCAGCUGGUCAGUUUUCACAGUGAUUUUAAUUAUAUGACUUCUCUCUUGCUAACAGGACAUAGCUGCUUCCUUCCCAGCCCAGGAUGAAGUCGAUACAGUUUUGCAUCCUACUCUGGUGCUGGCGAGCAAUCUGCUGCCAGGGCUGUGAGCUAACCAACAUCACCAUCGCGGUAGAGAAAGAAGAGUGUCGUUUCUGCAUAAGCAUCAACACCACUUGGUGUGCCGGAUACUGCUACACCAGGGAUCUGGUGUAUAAGGACCCAGCCAGACCCAGCACCCAGAAAAUAUGCACCUUCAAGGAGCUGGUGUAUGAGACCAUAAGACUGCCUGGCUGUGCUCACCACUCAGACUCCCUCUACACAUACCCAGUAGCCACUGAAUGUCACUGUGGCAAGUGUGACAGCGACAGCACCGACUGCACUGUGCGAGGCCUGGGACCCAGCUACUGCUCCUUUGGUGAAAUGAAAGAAUAAAGAAGAACGGACAUUUCAGUUUGCCCACCCUUGUCCUGAAGGACCACCAUAUCCAAAAUGUCUGUGUCUGCUCUGUGCUGGGCCUGCAAACCACUGGCUUAAGAACCAUCAUUCCCACUGGUGUCACUGUCCUGACAGGGAAGAGGAGUGAGCUCAGGACCAGGAGUACAGGGGCCAGGACUCUACCACCACUCAUCCCUCUAUCCAUAUGUUGGUUACCUACGUUUUAUUCACUCUCAAUGCACAGUUUUGUGAGAGCUUUCCUCUUCCACUGUCUUAGAAGCCAUCUAGGGCAAUCCCUUCUUCCUUUUAGACAGAGGGAUGCAUGAGUCCAGAGGGAAGGAGGGAAGGUGGAAGUCUGUGAAAGAACUAAAUCUAGCACAGUCUUCUGCUAGAUUUUCAGAGACUACAGAGUGAUCGCAAGCUUAAGGCCCAAAAUCUGCAUGGAAUUAAAUGGGAAACUCAAUGACUUCCUCAAGUUAAAGAAGACCAGACAUGACACUUGCAGGGAAAUGCUGCUGUAGCUGGCUGAGGAAAGCUGGCCCAGCAAGGUCAGGCUAUACUCAGCUCUUCUGAAGUGGAGUAUUGAGACAGGAUCAAACAUCUCUGCAUUGUCUCAUGAAGAUGCGGACAGGAGGAAAUGACAAAGCUCAGAACUUAGUGGCAACCCACCGAGUUCUUUAAAAGGAAAGAAAAAACUAAUUUGGGACUGUGGAUAUUAGUCCAUGUUUAUUCAUUACUUUAAAAAAUUAUCAAACACUACUAGGGUCCUGCCAAACUCCUUUUGGAAUUGAGGAAAACAAGAGUGAUAGUGUUUGAUAGGUGAUUUUGCUAGCUUUCCCUCACAUGCAGAGUGUAAAAAUUUUGAAGUAGGUUUAAAGCACUUUCAGCAAUUGAAUAAAUACAGUUAGUUUACCUACAAAUACACCUGUAUAAAUUAAUGGUUAUAGAUAAUUAACCAUUAGGGGGAAACUACUCUUUUCUAGGACACCCUACUCCUCUUUUUCCAAUUCAUGUUCUCCCAAAUCUUUGUUCCUUUCAAAGUAGACACUGAAAACACAUCAUGAGUUUAAUUCUUUUAAA